GCAUCUCCCCCAGGAGCAGAGCAUCUCCCACAGCAGAGCAUCACCCCCUGGAGCAGAGCAUCUCCCACAGCAGAGCAUCUCCCCCAGGAGCAGAGCAUCACCCACAGCAGAGCAUCACCCCCUGGAGCAGAGCAUCUCCCACAGCAGAGCAUCACCCCCAGGAGCAGAUUAUCUCCCCCACAGCAGAGCAUCACCCCCAGGAGCAGAGCAUCACCCACAGCAGAGCAUCACCCCCAGGAGCAGAGCAUCUCCCCCACAGCAGAGCAUCCCUUCUUGCAGUAGACCACCUUCCCCUGGAUCAGAGCCUCUCCCUGGAGCAGAGCAUCCCCCGCAGCAGAGCAUUACACCUGUAGCAGAGCAUCUACUCCCCCAGGCUGAUAAAAUCCUCCUUCCUCUGGAGCAGAGCCUCUCCCUGUAAGAAAACAUCCAUCACAGAACAGCAUCCUCUGCAGAGCAUCUCCCACUGCAGAGCAUCCCACACCUGAGAGCAUCAUCAGAGACAGGCCACGCACUGGAACCAAUCUCGUGGCCAAGCAGUUGAGAGAGACAUCGGCCCUCGUGGCCCCCGUGACAGCGCAGAAUGAUCCCAGGAGAGCUGUCGGUGGCCCUGCUUGUGAUCAGCGCUCUGCUGCACUCGGCCACCAGCACCAAAGGUAACAAGCACAAGCCGUGGAUGGAGGCUCAGUACCAGGGCAUUAUCAUGGAGAACGAUAACACCGUACUACUUAAUCCUCCCCUGUUUGCUCUGGAUAAAGACUCUCCCCUGAGAUACGCAGGUGAGAUCUGCGGCUUCAGAAUCCACGGCUCCGGGACGCCAUUUGAGGCGGUGGUCGUGGAUCGGACUACCGGGGAGGGUCUGAUCCGUGCCAAGGGUCCCGUGGACUGCGAGGCACAGAGAGAACACACAUUCACUAUUCAGGCGCAUGACUGCGGAGAGGGACCCGACGGCAGCAACAGCAAGAAGUCACACAAAGCCACCGUACACGUGCGUGUGAAUGACGUCAAUGAAUUUGCCCCCGUAUUUGGUGAACGGGUGUUCAGAGCAUCGGUUACUGAGGGCCGAAUGUAUGAGAAAGUCCUGAGGGUACAGGCGUGGGACCAAGACUGUUCCCCCCAAUACAGCCAAGUCUGCUUCUACCAGAUACUCACCCCCAACGUGCCCUUCACCAUUGACAACGACGGGUACAUUAAGAACACACAGCCUUUACAGGCCAGCGGCGAGAGGUUGAUCAGAUUCACGGUCACGGCUUACGACUGUGGGAAGAAACGCGCGGUGGAAGACGCUGAGGUGGAGAUCCAGGUGAAGCCCACGUGCAAACCCAGCUGGAAAGGUUGGAACAAACGUAUAGAGUAUGUGCCCGGGACGGGAAGUCUAGCGCUGUUUCCAAGCAUUCACCUGGAGACCUGCGAGGAGCCAGUCUGGAGCGUUCAGGCCACAGUCGAGAUCCAAACAAGCCACAUUGCCAAGGGUUGUGACCGCGACAACUACUCAGAAAAGUCCCUGCGCAAACUGUGCGGAGCCGUGCCGGGGGAUGUCGAUCUCCUGCCCCCUUCCAGCCCAGCGUUCAACUGGACUCAUGGGAUCCCUGUGCAGGAAACGCAAGACAGCAGCUUAGUCUUCUGGUUUAAUGGAUCUCAGGCUGUGGAGGUUCCUCCUGGGCGGCUACCAGCAGGGGGCGGGGCUGCAGACCACCUGACCAUCUCCUUCUGGCUAAAACAUGCUGGUGGGGGAGGAGGAAAAGCCGGCAAGGAAGAAGAGGUGCUGUUAUGUAACACAGUGAAAAAUGAGGGAAGCUUCUCGCAUUACACCCUGGCUGUGCACGGCUGCCGGAUUUCUUUCCUGUACUGGUCUCUGCUGGACAGCGCUCGGCCUGUCAAAUUCCUCUGGAAGCUUGAACAGGUUUGUGACGUCGAAUGGCAUCAUUACGCGCUCAGCCUCGAGUUUCCCACAGUCUCCCUCUACGUGGACGGAGUGACCUAUGACCCUGCGCUCAUCCAUGACAACGGGGCCCUGACCCCACCGCGGCGCCAGGCCCAGCUGAUGAUAGGCGGCUGCUGGGCAGAUGAGAAGACAUCGGGGAAGGUGAAUGGAAAUGAGACGUCGAAAGGACCAGGCUCGGCUUAUGGCCGCUUCCUGCGCGGUUACGUGUCCGGGCUGGCCCUGCGGCCGGGCCCUGUGGAUUCCCGGGAGGUGAUCGAGUGUCUGUAUUCCUGUAAGGAAGGCCUGCAGUACACAGACUUUGACAGCCUGGGGAGAGGAAUGAAGGUUCACGUGAAUCCCGCGCAGUCGCAGCUGACCCUGGAAGGCGAUGACCCCCUGACCUUUAGCCGCGCUCUCCAGCAUGUGGAAUAUCUCAACUCACUGCAGUUUCCAACACCAGGGGUGCGACCUCUUAAAUUACACACGACUGUCAGGUGUCUCAGUGACGAGGGCUGUCUGUCGGUACCAGAUCUUGAGGGCUAUCUUGUAGUUCUCCAGCCAGAUGCUCCACAAGUUGUACUGUCUGGAUCCCCCCGUUCUGCGCAUCCUAUCUCUGAUUUCCAGGGGUCUCUGGGGGUCCCUGUAUUCCCUGACUUAAGGAUCACCUGCUCGGUUUCGCACUCCCUGACCCCCAGCAAGAUCGAGAGAGCCCCGAGGGCCGAUGUGCAGUCUCCUGACGGGAUCGAGUGCUCGCUGGAGCGGUGUGAGGUUGGCGUAGUCGGGGAAGACCUAAACCUCCAGUAUGAGAGUCUAUCUUUGGAUGUGUCUUCGGCGUGGCAGCGAGGACUGGAGACCGAGAACAACUCCCGGAGCUUUAAGAUUACAGGCGUCCAGAAUGUGGCCGUGUACGAGGACAUUCUGCGGAGCAUCGCUUACAGGACAGCAGACAGGGCAGCUUUAUACGCGCGGAGAUUUCACGUUUCCUGCAGCGAGAUGAACGGGAGAUACGUAAGCAACCAGCUGUACACCGAGCUUGACGUGUUACAUGGCAUCCACGCGGUAUCUCCCAGCCACCUCCAGUCUGCCCAGCAGUUUGUCCACAACGUGCACCAAGCGCCCGUAGCGUUAUCGUCCCACACGCUGACCAACCCCAACCGCAGCUCAGUGUUUCCCGGGGUUGCCAUGGUGAUCAUCGUUGUCUGCGUUGGGUUCCUGGCUCUGAUCGUCACCUUGGGUUUGUCACGGAUACACAAUGCGCGGCAAAGGGAUGGAAUCGAAGGGGCAGAACUGGAGGCAUCUAACCAGAGGGACCCAUUCUGGGAGGACUCCGCUAUGACCAUAACAGUUAACCCAAUGGAUACCGUGCAGUCUCGCAGCUUGGCCUCCGCGCAGAGAUCGGCCGCCCCUGACCAGAAGCACCUGGACGAGGAGUCGCGCUGACCAGGAACCCAGCGCCGCUUGCUCUCUCGAUCUCUCUGUCCGUCCAUGUACAAUCUGCUCAUGUGCCGUGCGCGCCGUACAAAAGCUCCCUCUGGUGUGCUCGGCGCUUUCUCUAGCACUCAAUUUUCUAAAAAGGUGCGCCACGUCCUGGACCUCUUGCGGCAAGUGCCACGUAUAAUCUCUCAUUGGAGUUCGACUCGCGUCUUUACACACCGCACUCGGUUCCCAUCCGGUAUCAUUUCUCAGGGGAAUGUCUCAUUCAUGUUGUCUGUAUGUCUCUCGCGUGUUCUGUCUAUUAUAAUCCCCUGAGAGACAGCUACGUCCCCUCUUUCUCUCACUAAGUGGAAGCCACAUACCCAACGCUGGACAUCGGCUCCAAUCUUUCCAGUACCAGCCACCUGUAUAGACCCCCCUCAGAGACUCCAUCUGUUCCAGCAUUAGCAGGUUGAUAAGGGGGCCGAGACACAGCGGCUGAUAUUCUCUCGUAUUAUUAUCCCUCCCCAUCUCUUUGACCCAUCUCCACGUUCACCGCCCCCUCCUCCUUCUCCCUCCCCACCCGUGUCUGCCCCCGCGUGGGGUAAAGUUGAAGGAAAGUCACGACAAUGAAUGAAAUAACUCACCAAUUUCUGGUAAAUAUAUAUAAAUCUAUAUAUAAAGAAAUAUAUAGAA